AUGCAUAUUGAAAGUCUUAAGGAGGAUACACAGCCAAAAGUGGAAGCUACAUUGAAAUGUUUUGCAUGUGAAGUAUAUGGCAAGAAAUUCUCUCAAAAGAGAUAUAGCAUUAAUAUGAGAGUUCAGACAAAGGAGAAACCAUCCAGCUGUGAGAUUUGUAGCAAGGCCUUCUCUCUGAAAGGUAUUGUAUCAAACCACAUGAAAGUACAUAAAAAGGAGAAGCCGUUCAGCUGUGAGAUUUGUAACAAGGCCUUCUCUGUGAAAGAUACCCUAGUUAAGCAUAUGCGAGUACAUACAAAGGAGAAGCCAUUCAGCUGUGGGAUUUGUAACAAGGCCUUCUCUCAGAAAG